GCCAACAUCACAGGCUAAUGCAGCUUCCCUCCAUGCCAUUAAUCUCCGUCUGUGGACCGUCUGAUCGUCACCCAGGUUGCCUACAUCCAUCCCGUCACCCUGAGGACUGCGUGUCGGACCUGAUCUCUGGGAGUCUCUCUAGCAGGGGGAUGAAACCGACACAGUGAUAAAAGGAGCAUCUCCUCCUCCUCCUCCUCCUCGUCCUUUUUCUCCUCCAGAAGCGGAGCUCGGCUCUCCUCCUGCCGGCGGAGAGAUGAGGAAUCCUGUGGCCGGUUACGCGCUGACAUUCUGGCUAUUUCUAGAGUGUGUAGAGGCUAAAAAGUACUGCUGGUAUUUUGAAGGUGGAUACCCCAUCUACUUCAUAUGUCGCUCCUAUGAGGACUGCUGUGGGACUCGCUGCUGUGUGAGAGCCCUGUCCAUUCAGAGACUAUGGUACUUCUGGGUGCUGCUGAUGAUGGGAGUGUUGUUCUGCUGCGGUGCUGGCUUCUUAAUCCGCAGAAGGAUGUAUCCGUCCCCUCUGAGAGACGAGCCAGCCUUCAACGUCUCCUUCACUAGGCACCCUGCCACCUCACCGGUUUCCCAGCAGCCAGGAAGUAUGCAGGGCUUCGGGGUCAAUGGCAUGACAGGGGACCCAGGAGUCACCAUGACACACCCUGCAUACCCAGCACAGCCUGGCUCUGCACAUAUGAUGAUGGCAUCCUAUCCUCCGCCUCCGUCAUACUGCAACUAUCCACCUCCAUCCUAUGAACAAAUAUUUCAAAACAGUGACAAGAAGUAAUAUAUGCAGGAAACUUACAAAAUGGAACUUGAUGUGGAAAGAAGGGAAGAAAGAAGGCAAAUGGAGGGUGAAUUGUCAGAAAGCUCAGAUGAAGACAAGGAGGAGGAAAACCUGGCGGGUCUUUACGAGUAAACUGUUUGUGGAUAUAAGACUUUCAAAACACAAUUCCUUAUCCUGUGGAAAAGACCAAAAGACACAGUAACCAGAAUCAAGAUGCACAGAAAUACCCCUCAUUCACUCACACACUGCUUCAUCUAAAGUGUUUCUUUACUCUUCAUUUAUGUGGAUUCAUAUGUACAGUGACUGUGCCAGUGAUCAGUGUUGAUCUAACUUGAGAGAAUGGACCUGUUCAGUUGGAGGAUUCAGAUUCACGCACUGUCACCUGUUUCCUCCACCCCUCCCAAUGUAACUAAGACUGUAAAUGUGCAGAACAGAACAGGAACUCAAAGUCAUCAUGGAAUAAAAUGCUGGGCAUUGAUUGUCUUAGGACAGUUUUUCAAUAAUUAUUAACCACAUGGCUGAAAGAAGUGAAAAACAUCAUGAUGAAGAUAGAUUUGGAAUAGAUCAUUCUACGUAAUAAUAGUUCGCAAAAGUAAUAGUAAGGAUAACACUGACUUCUUUUCUAUCCAGCAUUUUACUGCAAGAUGAGCUCUUAACUAAAUGAUGAGUUCUUGAUGAAUUUUUUACGACAGUAUGUGUAGUCCAGUUAUGUAAUGGCAAAAUGAGCUGUACCAGUAGUCACAGGCUUGUUCUCCUGUUAGGAGCAAUGUUCGCCACAAGAUGAGUCAGAACUGAUGAACUGAGUGACGCAGAGAUGGAGCCGAGGCUGAUUCUAUGCCAAUCAAGUUUUAAUAAAACAUGCCGAGUCUUA